AUGCAGCCGCUACGACUUCUCAGUACUCUCUGGGCAGUCGCGCACACUUACCGGAUAUCUGUGUCCGACGGCACGGGUGGAACUUUGGUGAAUACCACCUCCAAAGCCUCGAUCCGUGCUUUCACUUGGCGUGGCUUUACCGACUAUGCCCAUUUUGCAGUCAAGGACGUUGGCGAGGUCAAAGUGGAGAACCCUUUCCUCUCGCUGCCCAACCCCACCCAGAACAAUCCUUGCAAGCUUCUUGUGCACAAAGACGCCUCGCACAAACUCAUCCAGCCUGCCUCGACCAUGAAGAAGCACAUCGUUUCCGCUAUCAAGGCUCAGCUUGUGGAGAUGUGCAAGCUGACCUAUGCAAAGCCCAAUGCGCGGGUUUACCAUCAGCAGACGCUCAAGCGUUGCGCUGCGCUGCAUUUGGGCACAGAUGAAGGCCGCAUGGCGGCGUUGAAUACCGCAGUGCAAGACGAUGAUCCGGACAAGGAGCUAGAGCAGGACGAGGAACAUGCAGCUGCCGACGAAGAGGAGGAGCUGAUGAAACCGGAUGUCGAGGCAGUCGCCGCUCUCCAGGACUCCGUGUCCUCCGCCGUGACGACGUACGGUUGCCUCGCGCUCGAAGGAUCUGACUUGGACAAGGGCAUCGCCGUGAAAAAGUCCGACCACGUCCUCUUUCGCGGCUUCAGGCAUUCCGUCAAGGGCUUCGUGAGCAGUAUGAAGGGAGGCGUCAUGGGCCGCUUGGCCAAGAAGCUUGCCGGCUACACGCAUGGUGCUUGUGCACCCUUCUCUGACUGCCCCAAGUGGCUGAAGCUGCUGAGACACAUGGCCAACCCGGAGGAAGUGGAGGGCGUCGCUGACUGUAAGGAGCAUCUGCUCAGCAAGGGGUUGAUGGAGCUGAAAGGCAUCAAAGGAACCCGAGUGGCAGCCAUCGAUCUCACUAGGUUGCCCUUGGCUGGUCAACGCAGAGAGGUGCACUUAGUGCGCGAUGGAGCAGAGUUGGCUUUGGAGAUCCAGAAUGACCUGGGGGACGAGGCAGUGACCAAGGUAUCGUUGGCGCAGGACACAAAGUAUGCGGAGGUCUCCUCCCCCUGGUCAGAGCUGGAAGAUGUCAUCUCAACGCGCAUUCAGGAGUGCACAGUGGAGAAGAUCGGUGUCUUCAACAUGGGGCUGAAGAGGACGCUCAACUCUUUCCAAAUUUCUGAGCGGUUCCCGUGGAAGACUGUUUUCCUGAGCAGCAUUUCCAUCCAGAUAUUUACGGCCAAUGCGCACGGGACACAUUUUGGUUACGACCUGCAUGGAGAUCCUGAGGAAAUGGAGCGGCCCUGCAAAUGGAUGCAAGCUGCCUUGGCCAAAGGAUAUCAGCCGCGAAACUAUCUCUUCAUGGCGUCGAAGAUCGAGUUCGAGAAUUUAGGUACGAGCGUCCCGCUACCCAGGAGACUCUGGCAGGGUGACAAUCGCUCGCUUCUUUGGGCGGACGAGGAGGGGAAGUUUCCCUUGCCCGAGUGGGUGCGUGGGAUGCGGAAGAUGACGGACCUGAAUCCGGACAAGUGGCCUGCCUGGAUGUUCCACUUUAACGACGGUCGGAACCUGGACCACUACAUUGGAAAGAUGAACUUCGACGUUCGAGGGCUCCAUGCCGUUGAGGACUCUGCUCUUGUCCUGGCGGCCCUGGAAACUCUUGGUUGGAAGCCGGACCCCCUGGUCCGCAUGCACGUCGAGGAGAAGAAGCAUUUUUGGAAUUCUGAGAAGCCUCAAUACACGGAGCAGGCCGAGGGUGUGCAGAUCUCUGGCAAGCUGGUGACUGCAGUCUACCCCUACACAAAGGAGAUGGCUGGAAUGCAGACUCUGCCCUUCGACGUGCUCCGGCAUGGCGGUGAAAGCACGCUCACGUCCGUCUACGACUAUACCGAGUCCUAUGUGGAAUCCUGCUUCGUCCUUGAGGCUCUUUCAUUGCCUUCUGCAGAUGACGUUGAUGACGGCUGGACGGAGAUGGGUGGCCGCAUGUCCGCCUCGAUGACAUUCUGCACGAACAACUUCCAGAGCCCGAAGAGAGACGCCGUGCCCGCGAGUUCGGCGGUGGAUCGCAAGGAUGUGAUGCAGGCGAUGAUUGACUACUUCUCGAAGAGUCGACCGGACAACAUGAAGGCCUGUUGGCUCUGCACUAGUUCGGUCUAUGCAGCAUGUCUGGUGGAAAGCUUCUAA